AUGUUUGGGUCUCGCAAGUUCUACGUCUCGCUCUUCGGGGCUCUGGCGUGGUCAAGUACUGCUGCUGACACUGCACUCUCGAUCGUUGAGGUAGCGUCUAUCUCUACCACACAAGCGUCUCUUCUUCACAUUGCCGCCGCAGCAAGUGCGCUGGAUGUUGUGUCUUUGUGCUGCAUCGGGUUUUACGUGGUUCAAUAUGCACGACGAAGAGACAGUUUCAUGGAGCGAUCAAUUCAAGCGAGGAAAGCAUUGGUCGGAGUCAGUGUCGUUCUGUCCGCUACUGCAUUGGCCGUAUCGCUUGCCCUCAUCAUCUCUAUCAGAUCGAAAUGGAACGAGGUCUUGAGCACCUCGUCAUCAGGACCCAUCUCUAACUGGGAAGGGUUAUUCGCUGGUCAUGUCAUCGUCUGGGCGAUUUCCUGCUUCAAUCAAAUUGUGCUAUACUCCUCGGUUUUCUGGAAGCGCCAUACUCCAGAGCUCCAACCGAUCACCGUCUCCGGCCCCAGGGAUUCGGUCAUGUCAGAAAUGCGAAGCGCCACACCAAACAGAAACCUGUUUACCAUGGAGCCCGCCCAUCCAUCUUCCCCAACCUUCUCCAGCCGUUCAUCGCAGUCGCUCAGGUCCUUCCGGGAAUCCGUUCGUCACGCUGUCCGACCCGUUACCUCCCGCACAACCUUGAUCAGCCGACCCUCUUUCAAUCGCGACACAAGGAGUAUCUAUUCUGACGCUCACUCAAUCGACAAUGUAUCCCACUCAGAUGGCUUCGACAGCUGGGACACUAGCAGCGUUGGUCUCCAGGCUCGAGAUGCUGUGAUGCAGACAGCCCCGUCGAAGGGCACACCUCUGGAGCCUAUCCCGGGCAGUCGAUCAGUCACUCCCGCACGCGCUCUGGAUGGCCCUUUCCUCCCUGAAAUUGACGAGGAGCUGUCCGAAGAAGACCUUGUUGCCCCACGCAUGAUCCCAGACAUUUCAAGACCACCCAGUCCUGCCGUCAGUGAGGCACACAUCCAUCCCCUCUUUAGGACAGAGAGUCCGAUCCCGCCGCCAGAGGCCACACCUGGCACAAGCAUCGUCGCCAGCCCUUUGGCUGACCAACUCAUCACAUGUCCGGCAAGACCAUACCAGCGCAUGCGAUCGAACAGCAACUUGCGUAACAACACCACAAGUCCCAGUCCUUUGACCUCUGCACAAAGCCUCCGAGGCCGCACGAUCAGUCCUCACGCAGGACCCAGGACACCCUCGCCUCCUAGCAGGGAGAUGACACCCCCCAUCCCCGACUUCAUUCUCAACUCGUCGCCGAGUAGCAGCAUGAGCGGCUCACGAAAGGUCAGCCUCCGGACCUCACCUGAUCGAUGA